AUGUGUGGAAUCAGUGGCAUUUGCAUGGGUCAUUAUGACCGUGACGACGAAGACGGUUCUUGCGACGCCGCUCAGGACCUCCACGAGUCCCUUUACUACCUGCAGCACCGUGGUCAGGAUGCGGCAGGAAUCGCCGUCUGCUCCGAAGGCGGAAGAAUAUACUCUUGCAAGGACAACGGAAUGGCCUCGAAAGUGUUCAACGACGGCAAGAGAGUCGUCGAUCUCCACGGUUGGAUGGGAAUCUCUCACCUGAGAUACCCCACGGCGGGAAGCUCGAGCAAAGCGGAAGCGCAGCCAUUCUACGUCAACUCAAGGUAUGGAAUUUGCUUGUCGCACAAUGGCAACCUGAUCAACGCCGCUGAGCUUCGUGAAUAUCUCGACAAGACGGCGCACCGUCACGUCAACACCAGCUCCGACUCCGAACUCAUGCUGUCCAUCUUCGCCAACGAACUCAACGAGACCGGAAAGGCCCGUAUCAACGAGAUUGAUCUCUUCAGUGCGCUCGAGCGCACUUACAAGCGCUGCCGCGGCGCAUGGGCUGCUGUUGUCAUGAUUGCCGGCUACGGCAUCUGCGGCUUCAGAGAUCCCGAUGGCAUCAGACCUUUGGUGUGGGGCCGCCGGCCCUCUGCUACCCUGGAGGGAGCUUACGAUUACAUGCUGGCCUCCGAGUCUGUCGCCCUCCGCCAGCUGGGCUUCCGGGACAUCACAAACGUCCUGCCAGGCCAGGCCGUCCUCUUGAAGAAGGGGUCGACCCCCGUGUUGACGCAAAUUCAGGAGCCUGCUGGAUAUACGCCGGAUGUCUUUGAAUAUGUCUACUUUGCGCGCCCAGACAGCGAGAUCGACGGUAUCUCUGUUCACAAGUCAAGAGAAAACCAGGGCAUCAAGCUGGCAGACAAGAUCAAGAGAACGCUUGGUGAAGAGGCCCUGAAGGAAAUUGACGUUGUCAUUCCUAUUCCAGAGACAUCAAACACGGCAGCUGCAGCCCUGGCAACAAGGCUUAACAAGCCCUUCUCCAGCGGUUUUGUGAAGAACAGAUAUGUCUUUAGAACCUUCAUUAUGCCUGGUCAAAGCGUCCGCCAAAAGAGCGUGCGCCGCAAGCUUAGCACUAUUGAAUCAGAAUUCAAGGACAAGUGUGUGUUGUUGGUAGAUGACAGUAUUGUGCGAGGAACCACUAGUCAGGAGAUUGUCCUCAUGGCCCGUGAAGCCGGUGCCAAGAAGGUCAUUUUCUCUAGCUCAAGCCCAGAGAUUCUGCACGAGCAUCUCUACGGCAUCGACCUGGCGAGCAAGAAGGACCUUAUUGCCCACGGAAAGACCACCGACGAGAUCGCAGCGCACAUCGGCGCCGACAAGGUCAUCUACCAGGACCUCAAGGACCUCAUCGCUGCCUGCGCCGAGCUGUCUCCCCGCGAUCCCACAACGCAGAACUUUGAAGUCGGUGUCUUCAACGGCUGCUACGUCACCCCCAUCCCUGAGGGCUACCUGGAGCAUCUCAGCGAACUCCGCAGUGGCAACAAGAAGCGGAAGCAUCGGGGACCGCUUGUGGCCAGCAGCGGCCCCACGCUCGACGCCCCCGCGGAUGCCCCUGCUGCGAAGGCGGCCAACAUCAACGGACUGGCUUCCCGUGCACGCGCUGAGCCGCGGUCUCCUGGAAGGAGCGCAGACAUUGGAAUCCACAACGUUGCAGGUGAAGAGGAAAACUAG